AUGAGCCCUCACCCUCUUCAAGCUCUCGGUGAAGCAGCUGGCUCCAUUGGGAUCGAUCCUAGGGCCACGCAGCUUUCUUCAUUGUUCCAAGGGGCCAAUGACGGUCCCGCGAGAACAGCGGCAAAGUUGACCGGUGUGCAAGUUCCAGGAAAGAGAAUGGACGACGGUCCCUACUUCACGAGUAACGAGGUGAAUUUCCCGACCUGGCUCGAAACCCUCCCUGUUUUCUUUUGUCGCGAUCCUAUUCAGGGCCCGGACGUGAUUCGCUCUCAGUAUCGGAACCCGCAGAAUUUCUUACUUGAUCACAACUCACUGUUUGAUCUCCUAGCCAACACUCCAGAAGGUAAUCAUGCUGGAAUGAUGUUUUUCAGUGAUCAUGGUACGCCGGUGGGAUGGAGACACAACCACGGAUACGGUUGCCAUACAUUCAGAUGGGUUAACGCGGAUGGAAAAUUUAUCUAUAUCAAGUAUCACUUCCUCGCCAAUCACGGUCAGAAGCAGUUUACUGCGGAUGAGGCGACGCGGCUCAGCGGCGAAGAUCCUGAUUUCUCAAAGCGAGACCUUUGGCGCACCAUUGAGAAAGGCGAGGAGAUUAUCUGGACAGCUCAUGUUCAGAUCAUGCAGCCCGAAGAUGCCGAUCCAGAGAAACUCGGUUUUGACCCCUUUGAUGUUACUAAAAUUUGGCCCAAGGCUCAGUUCCCGGCUGCAUUUUCACCUGGCAGCAUGGUCCCGGGAAUUGAAGACAGCCCAGAUCCUCUUCUUCAGUUCCGUACCUUCUUCUAUCGCGAUGCACAACUUCACCGAAUUGGGGUAAACUGGCAUCAGAUUCCAGUCAACUGCCCUUUCAUAGCAUCCUCAUACGCUUCUUUGAACUUCGAUGGUCAGAUGAGAGUCGACGCUAAUCACGCUAUGAACCCCCAGUACGCACCGAACAGCUUUGUCAGCAAGUUCCGUCCUGAUACCGCUGAAGCUCCCUAUCAGCUUGCGGAUAACACUUUCGGUCGCAAGUCCCACUUCUACCAUGAAGGCAGCCCAUCCGAGUACGAACAGCCUCGAGCGCUCUAUGAGAAGGUUAUGACCAGCGAGGCUCGAGGCCAUCUGCACUCGAAUACUGCCACCAUGCUUAAGAAAGUGGAGUACCCUGUCAUUUAA